AUGGCCAAUCGUUGCAAGGCGAUUAGUCAAGCGUACUUGUUGAAGGUUGACCUGAACGAUGCCGAUAUAACUAACGAGAACUUGUUUCAUAUCCUCCAGCACCUUGGACAACCAGAAAGGUGUAAGUUAUAUUUUAGCAAUGUUUAUUCGUUGGACCAGAUAGUUGAUCCAACUCGUCAUAUCGACUUUACCAAGCUUCCAAGUUUUGAAGAUUUUGAAAAAGAACAGAUUAAAAAAUUGCAAGAAGAAAGUGAAAAGAAAGCUGAAGAAGAAAAUGAAAACAACCUGAAUGUGAAAUUAGAAAUCACCCAGGAAAUAAAAGACCAAAUGAAGCAAGACUACGAAAAUCUCAAACUCAAGGUAAUUGAGGAAGAACAAAUCCUUCAUGACUACUUGACCCACAUCAAAGUAUUCAACAAAUGUUACCUUGAGGACUACAACAAAACUACUAUAAACCACCAACAGGGGUUAUUACGAGGAUUCAAGUACAAAUCCAAGCAUUCCUUACCAAAGCCAGUAUGGGGGUUAUCAGUGAAAAAAUUAGAACGAAAGGUGUUUCCCUGGUUGAGUCAGAAAUCACCAAUCUAUGAACUGAAUAAUGUAGAAUACACAUUAUUAAACUCAUUCAAAGGAAGUUUCUUGAAAGCAUUCCAAAAGAAACUCUCAGGAAAGGGAAUUGUGUUGACUAUUUCUGAUGCUUUCAGUGAUGAGUGCAUCAGGUUAAUUCACUUAUUAAGGUUCCUCAAUAAUAAACUUCCCCUUCAAAUAGUCCAUACUGAACAAGACUUAUCGGGUGAAAUUAAGUAUCAAAUACGUCAAGCAUGUACCCAACCCUUCCAUAAUUUACCCAAACAGAGUAUAACGUUUGUGGACGUAACCCCGGCAAUCCACCCGGACUACUUGCACAAAUUCGGCGGAUUUGCCAAUAAGAUUGUGGCCACAUUGUUCAAUUCCUUUGAGGAAAUGAUGCUAAUUGAUGCUGACACCGUGUUGGCAAAAACUCCUGAAUCUUUUUUCAAAUUGAAAAAGUAUCGCUCCUCUGGUGCAUUAUUCUAUCGAGAUCGGGCAGUGCCUGAAAUUAGAACUGAAAACGACAUUAGAUUCUUUGUCAAGUUGAUGAACAGCCAAUUAGACACCUUAUUGUUUGAUUUGAAACCAGCCACUUCGAAAACCUGGAACAAUCCCUUCUUCAAACAACAUUUAAACCAUGUCAUGGAAAGUGGGUUGGUCUUGAUCAAUAGAAAGAAACACUUUGGGCAACCAUUAAUCAUGUCCAAUAUGAAUUUUUAUUUACCAUUUGUAUCAAGAUUAUACGGAGAUAAGGAAUUGUUUUGGAUGAGUUUGGUGCUUAGUGGCGAUGAAAGCUUUGAGUUUAAUACUUUACCCGCGGCCGCCAUUGGAGAAAUCACACCCAAUGAAGAACGAGAGAAUGAUAUCGGGAGAAAAGGUGUAGUCAAAGGAAAAGAGCUUUGUGCAAAUCACCCUGCUCAUAUUAAUGACGAAGACAGCCAUACCUUGUUGUGGUUUAAUUCCGGGUUCAAAUUCUGCAGUAAGACAUCCACUGUCAACUUCGAAGAAGAUUUUGCCCGCAACCAAAGAUAUACCAAGUUUAAACACUUCGACCAAUUCAGAACCUUUUUUGAAAGUAAAUUAAUCAUUAAAGCCGCCAUUGUCCCACCCAGUGAGAAGUUGACGGUUCCCAUUGGUGAACAAGUUGAUGGUGAACCGAAUGUUGCCUGGGUUAAUAAUCGUGGUUAUUGUUCAGGGUAUACUUGGUGUGCAUAUAGUUCUAUAGGUCAAGCCAGGAAAUCCCAUGGAGAAGUUGGGACAAUUAUUGAGUAUCAGCCUGAAGAAGUAGAAUAUUUUAAACGGUUAGGGGACAUUUGGAUGAGUGAUUUUGAUUAUCGAUCCAACGAAAAGAAAGAGAUCGAUAGACAAGAGGGACAACAAUAAGCUUAGCAUACAAUAUACAUUUUAAUUACAACAGUAUCUAGGGAAAAAAAAUAGGCAUUCUCU